UCGAAAGAUCUUUCAGUUGUUAAAGUGUAGCAACAGCGCAUAGUACGCUGGCCGGACUAACCAUCCGUUUUUGAAAAUAGAAAAAUUAUAUAAAAAAUAAAAAUUAAAUAUAUACUGUGUCUGUUAAUUUCUAUAUGUAUAAUUUAACACAGUGAAGUUAUUUUUAAAAACCACUUCUAUAUACUACAUAAAUAUAUAGAAUAAUUUCCAUUUUAUAAGAAAAGAAAAAAACAAGCAACGAAAAAAAAAAAAUAAAAUAAAUCCAAAAUAAUGCAGUGCAGUUUGUGAAAAAUUCUUUUUUAAAUAUACAAUUUACGAAAAUAUAUAAUAAGAAUAAUUAUUUUAUAUUGUAAAAUUUAAAAAAAAAAAAAAUGUUGAAUUCAAACAUGAAAUCCUUUACACAAUAUUUGUGCUUCUCUACUCUACUACUUUUGACCAUCACCUCAUCUCUAGCCUCUGGCCAUGUUUUGGAUAGUCUGCAUUUAGAUGAAUUAUAUUAUCCCACCAGUGCUGAAUAUCCUGUUUCGAAUUUACCCAAUGGCGAUAGCGAGUUCUUAGUUUGGCAUUUGGACAAUCCCAUCAAUUUUUAUAGCGAAAAAUAUGAUCAAUUAUAUAUCAAUACCAAUGGCAUAUUGACAUUCAAUAUUGAAUUUCCCGAUUAUAUCAAUCAACCAUUUCCCUUUGAGUAUCCCUCAAUAGCGGGUUUCUAUUCGAAUGUGGAUACGACGGGUGCUAAUGCAUCCACUAGCAUUUCAAUUUUCUCUUCUCAGGAUCCUGAACAAUUGGAAAAAGUCAGUGAAUUGGUGCGUUAUGCCUUUUAUGAGCAAGCGGAUUUUGAAGCCACUGAUAUUGUGGUGGCCACCUGGAAAGAUGUUGGCUAUUUUGAAUCGAAAACUGAUAAGCUAAAUACCUUCCAGGUUAUAAUUAUUGCUGAUGAUCAGGAUACUUUUGUUCAAUUCCUGUAUCCUUCUGGUGGUUUAAAUUGGUUGCAAGGUGAAAAUGGUCCAUUGGGUCUGCCGGAUAUAAGAGCUCAAGCUGGUUUUGUUUCCGAAGAUGGCCGUUAUUUCAAUUUGGAGGGAUCUGCCACAGAUAAUGCCCGUUUCUUAAGUGAAAAAUCCAAUGUUGGCAUACCUGGUGUCUACUUGUAUCGCGUAGGACCCUUCGACUACGAACGUAACGUACAGGCACCCACCAAUGAAGAAACACACACCGAAUCACCCUUAUACUCACAAUCCUGCUCAGAUGCCGGACAACGUGUUUGCAGUCAACAUGCUCAAUGUGUCGACAAAGAAGAAGGCUUCUGCUGUGUAUGUCAGCAGGGUUUCUACGGCAAUGGUGAAGUAUGUAUUAAAGAUGAUUUUCCUGUACGCGUUACUGGUUCCAUUGUAGGCGAAUUAAAUGGUGAAUUGAUCAAUGAACGUUCGAAACUUCAAUCGUACGUUGUAACAGCUGAUGGACGCAGUUAUACCGCUGUGACACCCAUUAGCACUGAACUGGGUACCAAUUUAAGAUUGGCUUUGCCCAUUGUUACCUCGAUUGGCUGGUUGUUUGCCAAACCCUUGAACAAUACUCUGAAUGGUUAUCAGUUGACGGGUGGUGAGUUUUUGCACACCUCUAAGCUGAGCUUCGAAACUGGUGAAGUGCUAUUGAUCAAUCAAACAUAUGAAGGUCUCAACUAUUGGGAUCAAUUGUCGGUGAAAAUUGAUUUGCAUGGUCAGGUGCCUCACAUUGAUCAUGCUUUGAAAUUGCACAUGGCUGAGUUUACAGAAGAAUAUCGUUUUGUUACACCCAAUGAAUUGCAUUCCGUACAGGCCCAUGUUUUGGAAAUUCCCGAAGAGAAUAGAGUUGUAAAUUUCCAGUUUGAACAAAACAUCUAUUUCGAACGCUGCUUGUCGGAUCAACAGGAUUCCGUUGUUGGUACUACCUACUUCCAAAAGAUCUCGAAAAUUAUGUUGGAUUACUUUGAAAGAGAUCAGGCUUUACGUACCAGUAUUUUGACGGUAGCUGGUGUGGCUGCUAUGUCAAAUGCUUGCACCGAUGGCACUGCUGUCUGUGGUGAGAAUAUGGUGUGCAUACCCUAUGACGACAACUACAGGUGUGACUGUUUGCAUGGCUAUGCCCCCCAAUUAACCAAUUGGGGUUCUGAAGUCUGUGUUGAUAUCGAUGAAUGCGCCUUGGGCACACAUGCCUGUAGUGAAAAUGCUGUGUGCACCAACAAUGAAGGUGGUUUCAGUUGUGUUUGCUUAAAUGGUUUUGAAGGCAAUGGCUUUAGAUGUUUGAUUAAUGGCAGCAGUGUGGCUGAUAAUAUUGAGUCAUCGACCCAAAGUAAUGUUGGUGAAACUAUUGUUAAUGUUGAGCCAGAGCCAGAGUAUCAAGUGGAUAAUGUAGAUCAACAACAAUCCUCACCAGCACCUGAAGCUCAACCACAACCUCAACCACAACCUCAACCCCAGCCUCAAUAUCCUUACCACUCUGCUGAUUGUUAUCGUUGCUCGCCGUAUGCCGAUUGUUUGGAGGGAAGAUGUGAGUGUCGCGAAGGCUUUUCCGGAGAUGGUAUCUAUUGUACAAGUAAUUGUGGUCAUGACGAGGCUUGGGAAGAGGGUAGAUGUGUUAAGGUUAUUUAUGAAGAACCCGAUAUUGAGCCCAGAUGUAAUUUCUUUGGCGACUGCACUUGUGAUGAUGGCUAUGAGCUAAUGGAAGACAUACAAAUGUGUCGUUAUGUGGGUUUCAACAUGGAUCAUAGACCAGACGAUUUUGUACCCUGCGAUGUGGAGUUCAAUUGUCAUUCAAAUGCCUCUUGUGAAUGGUUUGAGGUGGAAUUGAGACAUGUUUGUACCUGCGAGAAUGGUUAUUUCGGUGAUGGUUACAAUUGUGCCAUUAUUGAUGAAUCCUGUGCUGUGAAACCCGAAAUAUGCGAUCCUCAAGCUGAAUGUCUUUAUAAUGAAAAUUUGGGCCAGUCCGAAUGCAAAUGCAAGCGUGGCUAUGAGGGUGAUGGUUACCGCUGUACUUUAGCUCCUGAAUGUCUGGAAGAUUUAGACUGCGGCCAAAAUGCUUUCUGUGAUCGCGAUGUCUGCCAAUGCCAAGCUGGUUUCGAGCGUGAUAUGGCCGACUUGUGUGUGGUGCCUGGCAGUUGUGGUUCUGUGUUGUGUGGUGCCAAUGCCUUGUGUAAAUACGAUCAACAUCAGGAUGUCAAGUAUUGCGAUUGUAUGGACGGUUAUGAGGGUGAUGCUUUGGUGGGUUGCAAAAGCAAACCUAUACCCUGUAAUGUUCAAUUCAAUUGUGGUGUUCACGCCAGUUGUGAACCAACAGAUGAUCCUGCCAAUUACGAGUGUCAAUGUAAUGCUGGCUACAAUGGAGAUGGCUAUGUGUGUGUAGAAGAUCAAAAUUGUUUGAAUACUCCUCAGUUGUGUGACAUGAAUGCAGCUUGUUUGUCCACCAACAAUGGUUUGGUGUGCGUUUGUAAUAAGGGCUUCUAUGGCAAUGGCUCCUUGUGUAUUGAAAGACAACAGCAUGAUUCUGGUUUCCUGUUAGUGUCCCAGGGUGUGGUUAUAGUGCGCGUGCCUUUGAAUGGCAAAAAUGUUCGUCCCAUUUCCGUGGCUUCUAUGGCUAUUGGUUUGGAUAAGGAUUGUGUUGAGGGACGUAUUUACUGGGGCGAUAUCUCGGCCAAAAAGAUUAUAAGCGCCAAAUAUGAUGGUAGCGAUAUUAAGCCAUUUAUUACUGAAGAUAUUGAAUCUCCCGAGGGUAUUGCUAUUGACUGCAUUUCCAGACGCAUUUAUUGGACUGAUUCUGUUAAGGAUACCAUUGAGGUGGCCAGCUUGGAAGAUCCUACUCUCAGAGCUGUGGUAAUCAAUAAAAAUUUGGUUAAUCCUCGUGGCAUUGCUGUCGAUCCUUAUAGAGAAAAAUUAUACUGGUCUGACUGGAAUCGUGAUUCGCCUAAAAUUGAGGUCUCCGAUUUGGAUGGCACAGGUCGUGAAUUGUUGUUGGGCAAAGACAGUGUUACCCUGCCAAAUUCUUUGGUGGUAUUGGAACGUUCGGGAGAGUUAUGUUAUGCCGAUGCUGGCACCAAAAAGGUGGAAUGUAUUGAUAACUACACCAAACAAAUGCGUACCAUAUCCAAUGAAUUGACUUAUCCAUUUGGUUUGUCUUUCACACACGAUCAAUUCUAUUGGACCGAUUGGACUACCAAAAAACUGGAAAGUGUCAACACUUUGGGCGAACGUCAAAAGAGCAUGCAAAUUCCCUUCUUCGGCAGUCAUAAAAUGUAUGCCAUGACCGCUGUCGAGGAUCACUGUCCCCAAAUGGAUAGCCCCUGUCAAAUCAAUAAUGGCGGCUGUUCGGAUGCUCGCUUGUGUUUGGUCAAUCGUAAAGCACCCUCGGGUAAAAGCUGUAAAUGUACAGCUCUCUCCAAACUGUGCACAGCUCCUAAUCCCUUCCCUCUUUAAAGUCUCUCUUUUAGUACUUAAAAGCUUUUAGCUAUCUAGCUAGAGAAGAGAGUUACAAAAAUUCAUUCGUAACAUUUAUUUAUAACUUUUAUUAUAUAUACAUAUAGUACGUUUUAAAAAGAAAGAGAACAUAAUUCAUUUUGUUAAAUAAAGUAAUAUUUUUUUUUUAUGUAUUUUCCCCCUUCACUCCACAUGUAUGUGUGCUAAAAUUAUGCUCAUCAUUGUCGGCAUAAGUUUUUGAAUUGUGCUACCAUCAUAUCAUAUUUUUUUACUACAAUAAAAAAUAAAUUAUUUAAAUCUAAUAA